AUGUCGAGACGAGAGAUCUAUGGGAAACAUACGAAGUUGAAGUACUAUGAGCUUGUGAAGAUAUACCAUCCGGAUCGAAAUGGUGCUGGGUGUGAGACGUUAAGUCAUAUUGAAAGACUGGAAAGGUAUCGAUUAAUCAUCCUUGCUCACGAGAUCAUCUCCGAUCCCAACAAGCGACAAGCCUUUGAUGCCUACGGUGCAGGUUGGGCAAAUAAGCAGACCAACCCUGCAAGACAUACUCGUGGCUACUCAACUGCAAGCGGCAUGCAAUAUGGUCAAGCACCUGGAUACGACGCGUCACCCUUCGGCAACGCUACCUGGGAAGACUGGGAGAGGUGGUACAGAGAUCAUGCCAACCAGGGGCAGAGGCAGGCAUAUACAGGAACAUAUAUCAACCCAAACGCAUUCGCUGUGUUUGUCAUCACUGCUGCCGUGUUAAGUGGCAUAUUACAGGCCACAAGCAUAACGCAGCAAGCCGGCACUUAUGCCGAUAAAUCGCUGGCUUUUACAGAGGAGACGACUCGAUUUAUGACCGCUCGAGCCUCGCAAUUUGACGAUAACAAUUUAGACAAGAACGAUAGGGUACGGCAUUUUCUGGAAAGGAGGGAUCCGACUAGAUAUGGUCUGAAGGAGGAGGAGGAAUCACAAUAUCGCAAGCAUUUCUCGAAGCAUGAAGAGGUGUUACCACCAAUAGGAAGACCUGGUUCUGUGAUUGGUGACAUUAAGAGAGCUGAGCAGGACGGUCAGAACACACCAGUGGAUUAG